GUGCACAUAAGUGUCCUUGCCCGCUCUGGCGCCUCGCCUUCCACUAAGGAGAGCGUUAGCUCCGUGAGAGAAGUUGACUUUCCGCGGGCCUAGAAAAUCCACUGUGACUAGGAUCCAGAAAGCCCACUGUCACGAGAACCUAGAGACUCGAGUAUCACAAAUACGCGACCCACACGCGCACUGCCAUCUCCCGAAGUGGCAAUUCUUGUGCACGUUAGCGUCCGUCCAGUUGGCGAAUUUGUCACCUCGAGUCGUUAGUUAAUUCUCUGCACCAAUCCGUCGGCGCUAGUAUGAAGAAGCCCCUUCCCCCGUCGGUCUCCCCUUCAGCCGCGCGGGGCGGAAGGGGAAGGGGAAGAGGCGGAAGUGGCGGGGGCCGUGGGGGCAGCGGAAGGGGGGGAGGCGGUAGGGGAAGGGGAGGUGGCGGAGUGCUGCGGCUGGGCGUGUUGGAGAAGUAUGUUCCGCGCGCGGACGGGGGAGUGCGCAAGGGGAUACGCGGGCGGAAGAGAUACAUGGCGCCUCAGCGGACGCAUCUCUCCGCCAAUGAGCUCCGGAAGCGGCGGAAGGUGCUGAACGACGCGAGGACCGUACAGAAGUACCGAAAGAUGAUCGGGCGAGAGAGGAAGGCGACAGGCAGUGAGAGGGUGAUGGGUGGUGCCGAGGGGGAGGAGGGUGAAGAGGUUAGGGGUUUUGGUGGGGUGAGAGGGCGAGGAAGGCAGUAUGGUGUAUAUGGAGAGGGGGAUGAUGAUGGGAAUGAUGUUGGGGAGGAAGAGGAGGAAGGAGGGGAAGAGGGGGGUGAUGAGAGGGCGAGUCCGGGUAGGAGGAGGGGGGGGGAUGAAUCUGGCGGUUAUAGUGAUGAUGCGGAUGACGACAGUGCUGGGGACUUGGAUUCGGAUCAAGAGGAGGGGGAAGAGGAGGGGGAAGCGGAGGGGGAAGAGGAGGGGGAAGAGGAGCUGGGAGAGGACACAGACGGAGAGGACCAGAGGAUAGGCGGACUGGAAACGGGGGAGAAUGGGGGGGAGGAUGCAGGGGAGUGGGAGGGGAGAGGUGUGAGAAACGGGAGAGGACAAGGCCGAGGAAUGGGAGGUGGAAGAGGGGGGGAGCGAGGAAGAGGGAGAGGGAGAGGCCAGGGACUGGAGGUGGCAGGUGGAAGCGCGAGCUACUGUGAGGGCGGCACAGGAGGAAAGGGAGUGAGGCAGAGGCCGUUGAAUCGUCUGGAGAGGAUAUGGAAGAAGCGGGAGGAGGAGGCGGCCAAGAAGGCUGCAGAGAGGGAGGCAAGGAGGAGGGAGGUGGAGGAGGGGAGGAGGAAGAGGGAGGAAGUGGAGAGGAGGCGGAGGGAGUUCAGGGGGCAGAUGAGGAAGCGGACGAAGAGUGGGCAGGUGGUGAUGAAAGUGAGGAUGGAGCAUCUGUUGGAGUCAAUUCAACGCAGUCAGGGGAAGUAGCUGAUUCAAUUUUUAGGCACCUCGAUUAUGAUGAAGCUGAUCCAACUUCAUUAGGAGAAGUGGUGUGAUGGAGCGUAGGCUCACAAAAAUAAUAUUUGAUCGGUGCAAACACUCUCUGCUGAGGGGGUAUUUCUCAAAAUAACGCAAUGGCUAGAACGAGGCAUACAGGGAGGUUUUGUGCCAUGGUGUUGUACUGCCUAAGAGCAUGCACCUAUCUAGCAUAUAAACAUAUACAAAUAUA